AUGAGCAUUGCAAGCGAAAGAAGAUCGGAGAACCUGAUUCCCCUUUUCUUGCGUGAUCGUCUUGCAGGCACUCAACCACGAAGCAUUUGCCACCUAGAUGGAAGGAGAUGCGCAAACGCUGCUGUUCUAGGCCAUCAAUCCGUCGAUCUAAGCAUAGCCAGGACUUAA